AUGGAGGAUGCCGGACUUCGAAACAUCCUCAACACCCCCGUUCUCAAAGAGCCCGUGAAGGUAGAUUUCGAGGACAAACAGGCCAAGAAGCUCGGCUCACAUUUGCAUGGCAUGGUUAAGUACCUGAGUAUUCUGUAUCUAUCCACUUUGCCGCUCACUACCAUGCACUGCGGCACUGGAUCUGUGGCGACGAUCUCAACUUCGCUCGAUCUCUACAACACUGCGAUCAACGAGGCAGAGCACAAGAAGCUGCAAAGCUGCUCGCUGGCCGAGAACCUCUUCUGGUACUUUGACAAGGCUGCAACCUUGGCUCAGAGCCUUUCGCGUGUGGUGCUUUCGCAUGUCGCUCAAGACUACGACCCAUCCUUCUUUCAGGUGCUUUUCGACAAGUGGCCCUCACUGCUGACCCAAGUGAUCGGGCUCUUCACGGUGUCAGCAACAGCAACGAAGAAGUCACAGAAGUGGACGGGCUCUUGGACCGCAGUUGGCACAGGCCUCCGUGGAACCUGGGCCUUCAUCUUUGACCUCAAGGGUACAGGGAAAAACCGCCGCGUCCAAGCCACGGAUCUCGGAGAAGAGACAGAAGCCGGGGAACUGCCAAGCGGCAGCGGCGCCUGGCCCCCAGAACAGAAGGAAGUGAUCACCAGCAUUUGUGAAAGGAACUUCCGCGAGUGGACCAAAGGCAAGCCCCUCUGCCUGGUUCCUUCUGAUCUGGUUUAUUUGGAAGCGGCCAUCUUCAACGACACCAUGCUGCUCUCCACCAGGGAUCUCAUGGACUAUUCCCUACUGCUGGCAGCUGUGCCUCCAGAGCCAGGGGCCACUGCUGGGCGUUUGAUUAUGGGCAUGAUCGACUACCUACGUGGCUACACCUUGGACAAGAAGGUUGAAAGUGCUGUGAAGACUGCACUGGCGCCGACGCCCGCAGAUCAGCCCACGAUUAUUGCCCCCAAGGAGUAUGCCGCGCGCUUCAUGAGGGCCAUGAGCACCUACUUCGUGGCGGACUGCCCAGAGCAGCCUUAA